AUGGCCUUACUAUCUUUCUCUAUUCUCUCUAUGCUGUUCUUAUUGCUCACUUCCUACCCUCUCUACUAUCUUCUUAACAUCUCUUCCUCUCUCUCUUUCUUCCUUCUCUCUUUCUCUAAUGGACUUGACUCUCUUUCUCUAUUCUCUUUCUAUACAAUUGGCCUUACUAUCUUUCUCUAUUCUCUUUUAUUUCUUGCUCACUUCCUACCCUCUCUACUAUCUUCUUUGCUCUCUUUCUUUCUUCUCUCUCUUCCUUCUCUCUUUCUCUACACUGUUUCUCUCUCUUUUUAUUCAAUGGCCUUUUUCAGUACUCUCUUUCUUCUUAUUCUCUCUAUGCUGUUCUUAUUGCUCACUUCCUACCCUCUCUACUAUCUUCUUACUCUCUUUCUCUUACUCUCUUCCUUCUCUCUUUCUCUACACUUUUCUACUCUCUUUCUAUUCAAUGGCCUUACUCUCUUUCUCUAUUCUCUCUAUGCUGUUCUUAUUGCUCACUUCCUACCUCCUCUACUAUCUUUUCUUACUCUCUUUCUCUUUCUGCUCUCUUCUUUCUUCUCUCUUUCUCUAUUCUCUGCUGUUUUAUUGCUCACUCUCCCUCUCUUUAUUUUCAAUGGACUUCUUCCUUCUCUCUUUCUACACUCUCUUUCAAUGGACUAUUCUCUCUAUGCUGUUCUUAUUGCUCACUUCCUACCCUCUCUACUAUCUUCUUACUCUCUUUCUCUCUCUCUUCCUUCUCUUUUCUCUACACUGUUUCUACUCUCUUUCUAUUCAAUGGACUUACUCUCUUUCUCUAUUCUCUCUAUGCUGUUCUUAUUGCUCACUUCCUACCCUCUCUACUAUCUUCUUACACUCUUUCUCUACUCUCCCUUCUCUCUUUCUCUACACUGUUUCUACUCUCUUUCUAUACAAUGGACUUACUCUCUUUCUCUAUUCUCUCUAUGCUGUUCUUAUUGCUCACUUCCUACCCUCUCUACUAUCUUCUUACUCUCUUUCUCUACUCUCUUCCUUCUCUCUUUCUCUACACUGUUUCUACUCUCUUUCUAUACAAUGGACCUACUCUCUUUCUCUAUUCUCUCUAUGCUGUUCUUAUUGCUCACUUCCUACCCUCUCUACUAUCUUCUCUUUCUCUCUCUUUUCCUUCUCUUUCUCUACACUGUUCUACUCUCUGUCUAUACAAUGGCCUUUUUCUCUUUCUCUAUUCUCUCUAUGCUGUUCUUAUUGCUCACUUCCUACCCUCUCUACUAUCUUCUUACUCUCUUUCUCUAUUCUUCCUUCUCUCUUUCUCUACACUGUUUCUAUUCUUUCUAUACAAUGGACCUACCUCUUUCUCUAUUCUCUCUAUGCUUUCUUAUUGCUCUUCCUUCUCUCUAUCUUCUUACUCUCUUUUCUCUCUCUUCCUUCUCUCUGUCCUUUUUAGUCCCUUUUCUACUCUCUUUCUAUUCAAUGGCCUUACCUCUCUUUCUCUAUUCUCUUUCUAUGCUGUUUUCUCUUUGCUCACUUCCUACCCUCUCUACUAUCUUCUUACUCUCUUUUCUCUACUCUCUUCCUUCUCUCUUUCUUCUACACCAUUCUUCUCUCUUUCUAUUCAAUGGCCUGCUCUUUCUUACUCUCUUUUCUCUAUUCUCUCUAUGCUUUUUUAAUGCUCACUUCCUAUCUCUCUAUCUUCUUACUCUUUUCUUACUUCUUCCUUCUCUCUUUCCUACCCUUUCUCUCUUUCUAUUCUUCCUUACUCUCUUUCUCUAUUCUCUCUUCCUUCUCUUCCUUCUCUACUAUCUUCUUACUCUCUUUCUACUCUUCCUUCUCUCUUUCUCUACACUGUUUCUACUCUCUUUCUAUUCAAUGGCCUUACUCUCUUUCUCUAUUCUCUCUAUGCUGUUCUUAUUGCUCACUUCCUACCCUCUCUACUAUCUUCUUACUCUCUUUCUCUACUCUCUUCCUUCUCUCUUUCUCUACACUGUUUCUACUCUCUGUCUAUUCAAUGGACUUAGCCUCUUUCUCUAUUCUCUCUAUGCUGUUCUUAUUGCUCACUUCCUACCCUCUCUACUAUCUUCCUACUCUCUUUCUCUACUCUCUUCCUUCUCUCUUUCGCUACACCGUUUCUACUCACUUUCUAUUCAAUGGCCUUACUCUCUUUCUCUAUUCUCUCUAUGCUGUUCUUAUUGCUCACUUCCUACCCUCUCUACUAUCUUCUUACUCUCUUUCUCUACUCUCUUCCUUCUCUCUUUCUCUACACUGUUUCUACUCUCUUUCUAUACAAUGGACUUACUCUCUUUCUCUAUUCUCUCUAUGCUGUUCUUAUUGCUCACUUCCUACCCUCUCUACUAUCUUCUUACUCUCUUUCUCUACUCUCUUCCUUCUCUCUUUCUCUACACUGUUUCUACUCUCUGUCUAUUCAAUGGACUUACUCUCUUUCUCUAUUCUCUCUAUGCUGUUCUUAUUGCUCACUUCCUACCCUCUCUACUAUCUUCUUACUCUCUUUCUCUACUCUCUUCCUUCUCUCUUUCGCUACACCGUUUCUACUCUCUUUCUAUUCAAUGGCCUUACUCUCUUUCUCUAUUCUCUCUAUGCUGUUCUUAUUGCUCACUUCCUACCCUCUCUACUAUCUUCUUACUCUCUUUCUCUACUCUCUUCCUUCUCUCUUUCUGUACAGUUUCUACUCUCUGUCUAUACAAUGGCCUUACUCUCUUUCUCUAUUCUCUCUAUGCUGUUCUUAUUGCUCACUUCCUACCCUCUCUACUAUCUUCUUACUCUCUUUCUCUACUCUCUUCCUUCUCUCUUUCUCUACACUGUUUCUACUCUCUUUCUAUACAAUGGACUUACUCUCUUUCUCUAUUCUCUCUAUGCUGUUCUUAUUGCUCACUUCCUACCCUCUCAACUAUCUUCUUACUCUCUUUCUCUACUCUCUUCCUUCUCUUUUUCUCUACACUGUUUCUCUCUCUGUCUAUUCAAUGGACUUACUCUCUUUCUCUAUUCUCUCUAUGCUGUUCUUAUUGCUCACUUCCUACCUCUCUACUAUCUUCCUACUCUCUUUCUCUCUCUUCCUUCUCUCUUUCUCUACACUGUUUCUACUCUCUUUCUAUACAAUGGACUUACUCUCUUUCUCUAUUCUCUCUAUGCUGUUCUUAUUGCUCACUUCCUACCCUCUCUACUAUCUUCUUACUCUCUUUCUCUACUCUAUUCCUUCUCUCUUUCUCUACUCUGUUCUUAAUCUCUUUCGCUACUCACUGUCUACUCUCUUUAUCUACUCUGGUCUUACACUCUUUCUUUCCUCUGUUGCUACUCUUAUUCUCUCUCUCUCUCACUUCUAUCUCAACUAUCCCGCCAGCCUCGUGCACUAUAAAACUAUUAUCCGAGUUAACUAUGACAAGAUUGUGGGUAGCCAUUUUCUUCGCUCUAAUUCCACAACCACUUUAUUCGGAUUUUUGCCGGCUGACCUCAGCGCGGGAAAACAAAUACACUUUUUAUCUUACUUAA